GAGGAAAACUCCCAGAAUCCAUUGCUCCUUUCACUUCCUCCAAAUCUCCUCAGCUGAAGCUUUAGCAUUAGCACUCAAUCUGCACCAUGUCCGCUCUGCUCAAAGGACUCGCUCGAAUCCGCUCGGCCCCGGUUCUGCGGGGAACAGCCAUCACCCAGCGGGCUAACAUUACAUCCAAACCCGCAAAGGACGUACACGGACCGGCUGAGACAACAAUUGGUCUCACCCUGUUUGCUCUGGCUAUCCUGGUUCCAUCCGGUUGGGUCUUGGCUAACCUUGAGAGCUACAAGAAGAAGGAUGCCUGAAAAAGAAGUCUGCUGGGAUCAUGCCUUUAAACCUGUAUUGGGACCACAGGAACCGCUGUCUGACCACCUUCAAUGUUCCCUUCUUUAACAGGCAGUCUGCCUUCUCUCAUUCACACCAGUCUCUAAAAUAUCAAAUCAAUGAAUGAAUGACUGCUGCCCAGUGACUUGUAAUAAUUGGGGAUCUUGUGGAUGUUGUUACUUAAAAAUAAACAUGUUAUUUAAAUUCUGA